CAUACCGGUUGUCCGAGACCAGUUAAACAUGGAAUCUUCCAGCACAUUACAUGCAACGAGGGACGUUGCCUGCCAGACCGACCCACCACCGAGACAUAAUGUUGGUACACAAUUGUCUUUGCAGACUCUUAGGCCUCACUACAGAACUACAGUUGUCCAGGCUAAUGUGUCCUGCAAAGACUCUGGUGUUGGCACAUCCACAACAAUAAAGAGACCGUCGAAGAGACCUCGUUUGGCCAUUGAGGAAGAGGAGGAGGAAGAUUUAUUUGAGGGCAUAUAUCCAAUGGUGGAUUCAGAAAAGCUGGAUCCAGCCAGUGACCCUGCAGAGUCGGUCACAGCUUUAACAGAGUCUACAGACAUGCCUGGUGAAGCAUCCAUUCCCACCCAUAAGAUCAAGAAAUACAUAGUGUACGAGACCUGCAUUAUGGAACUGUUUGAGGUGUGUCCUGUGUGCCAGCAGGCAUGUGAUGUUCGAACCCGAAGGAUUGGUACAUUCCUAUCAGUGGAACAGCUGUGCCCCCAUUGUCAGUACUCCCGACACUGGAAUAGCCAACCCGUUCUGGGAAGUACUCCAGCCGGGAACCUCCAGCUUUCUGCAGCAGUGUAUGUCAGUGGAGCAUCUUUCUUCAAACUUGAAAAGAUCUUCAAAGCAAUGCAACUGCAGAUUUUCCAGUAUGACACCUUUUGUCGGCAUGCAAAAAUGUUCAUCGAGCCAGCUGUUGUGAACAAGUGGAAAACAUCACAGGAUGUGAUUCUACAGCAGCUCAGUGAAAAGGACAAAGUGAUAGUUGGUGGUGACAUGAAGGCUGUGUCACCAGGGGACUCUGCUAAGUUUGGUAACUACACUAUGAUGGACCUCAAGACCAACACUGUCGUUGAUAUCCAGUUGGUUCAGAGAAAUGAGGUAGGUGGAGGCUACAACAUGGAAAAAGAAGGUCUGAAGAGGAGCCUGACAUUGUUGGAGGCACGUGGUGUGACUCUGGAUUGCAUUGUCACCAACCAUCAUCCACAAAUACAGAAAUUCCUGAGGGAAAGCAACAUCACCCAUUUCUAUAACGUCUCGCACAUUGAGAAAGACAUUUCAAAACAACUGGAGGCAUUCGCCAAGAUGAAGCCUGGUGAAAAACUAAUGAAGUGGAUGCCGAGUAUCCAAAACCACAUGUACUGGACUGCAGCAUCAUCGACCACUGGACCAGAGAGAGUGGCGAAAUGGACCUCCAUCCUGAACCAUGUGCUGGAUAUCCACACUCAUGAGGACCCUGUUUUCCCCAAGUGCCUGCAUCCACUGCGCCAAACCAGGGACAAAAAGAAAUGGAUGGAAGCAGGAACUCCUGCCUUCUACAAGCUAGAGAAGGUGAUGACAAAUAAGAGGAUCUUGAAGGAUGUCACAAAACUGAGCCCCCACCCCCAGACUUCAUCUUUGGAGGAUUUCCAUCGGGCCAUUCCACGUUUUGCUCCUAAAAGCGUUGUGUUUCCAUUUCUUGGAUUGCUGUGCAGACUCUACCUGGCUGGCCUUUAUUACAAUGAAAAUGCUGACCGGAUGGCAGAGUGCAGUGCAAAACCAGUGAAGACAAAGCCCACGUUCCGAUAUGUGGAUGACUUGAUGGACCUCAUCUUUGAGAAAGUCUUUAUGGACCCGUCACCUUACCUGGAUGAGGUUUUGAAGAUUUCCAUCCCAGAGGACAUGUGUGCACAAAAUGAUCGGCCAGAUACGGAGAAGGUCAUCGUCAGUGUCCCGGUUCAAUGAAGCGGCAGUCUGAACCCUACUGAGCUGUUUUGGGAUCAGAUACUCCCUGUGGCUAUGAAGAACCAGACUGGACAAUAUAUUCAGUGAUGUAAACAUCUAUCUAUAGGUUCAGUGAAUCAUUGAGACUCCCCUUUUCUAUUUUUUUUUAACGCAUGAGUUAUCAUGUUAUUAUCACGUUGUGACAAAACGGUACAACACUGCAUAACUACUGAUGAAUGUGAUAACAAUACAUACUUUGCAUUGUCUGUAAAAUGUCUGUGAGUUCAUGUUUAAUAUGCACAUUAUGUGAGUUCAUGUUUAAUGUGCACACUAUGUGCUGAUA